AUGAAGCCUACCUCGUUAUUUUUGGUAGUUGAUGCGAGCCAAGAUCUAGAUAGUGCCCAACUCUCAAGCUGUGACUCGGACACUACGACGCUGCUUGAGAAGCUAGGUUGCAAUGUUGCUACUGUUGCAUCUGGGUUUGAAAGCCUUAGUGCUCUUGGUCAAGCUGCAUCUUCUUUCCAAAUACUUCUUUUGAAUAUUCAGAAACCUGAGUUGGAUAGAUACGAAGUCGCAAUAAGAAUCUGGAAGUUAAGAAGUCGUGUUUUGCCAUUGAUCAUUGCCAUGAUAGCAACUUAUGAUGAUGAUGUGUCGGACUAUUGCUUGCAGAUUGGAAUCAAUAUCAUUCAGAAACUAGUUGUUCUAAAAGGAAUUUCCUAUGAGCUUUGA